UAUUUUUUUUCCCUAUUUUGCAACUACAGCCGUAAAGUUCUUCCUUUACUCCAAGGCCCCCCCUACUCCUCGCUUCUCCUUGAGGUGUCCACGUCACUGCCUGAUUCUUCUUAUACUUUUUCCUAUAUGAUUGUAUGUUAUAUUCGCCAACACUUAGUGGCGUGGACACCUGUUAUAGGUCUUAGGCAGGGACUCCCGUCCUGGGCUGACGUCAUCACUACUCUGCUUAGCUGUGUUAGGCCCCCGAAUACGGGGAAAGACGCAUGCGGUUAUCCUGGGUGCAGUCAUGUGGUGGCCGACCAGGUUUAUGUCAGGCCGGGUGACAGCUUGUGCUUCUUGUUUGAUGCAAAGAUUUUCUACAGGAACACAGCGGCUUUCUUUGAAUUUACCAAAAAGGUAUCUCGGGCAGCCUAGUCCUUUUACCCAUUCACAUCUCUUAAAACAAGGGGAGGUGACCCCAGGAUUGACACAGACAGAGUAUGCCCUUCGCCGUCACAAGCUGAUGUUUAAAAUCCAGAAAGAAUCUGAAGAUUUGGGCCUUGAAACCGAUCAUGCUGCGAUUUUCUUAUCAAAUGCGACCUUAUAUAUGUCAAAUGACAUUCCUUUUCCCUUUCAUCAGAACAAUGACUUUCUAUACUUGUGUGGAUUCUUAGAGCCAGAUAGCAUUCUUCUUAUACAAAGCAAACCAGGACACUCCAUGCCGUCUCACAUAGCCACACUCUUUGUACCACGGAGAGAUCCUGGACGGGAAUUAUGGGAUGGCCCCCGCUCUGGCCCUGACGGAGCUGUUGCACUGACUGGUGUAGACCAAGCAUAUCCGAUAGAGGAAUUUAAGCAUAUACUACCCAGGCUUCUUGAUGAUAAGGUGACAUUAUGGUAUGACUCUACAAGGCCGUCUCACCAUUCUUUACACUCUAACUUCAUCCAACCUGUUCUAGAGUCAAACUCCAAGUUCAAGAAUAGGAUCAAGUCCACACGGCUCCUCAUGCAGCAGCUCCGUUUAAUAAAAUCUCAAGAUGAAAUUGAGCUUAUGAAAAAAGCCGGACGUAUUUCUUCACAUGCUUUUAUAGAGACUAUGCACUGGUGUAAGCCUCCCGUGGAUGAAGCUUUAAUAUAUGCCAAGUUUGAUUUUGAGUGUCGAGCCCGAGGUGCCGAAAUUCUUGCUUACCCGCCCGUGGUCGCUGGAGGAAAUAGAGCAAAUACUCUGCACUAUGUGAAAAAUAACCAGAUAGUCAAGCCUGGGGAGAUGGUUCUGUUGGAUGGCGGCUGUGAAGCAUCCUGCUACGUCAGUGACAUUACCCGUACGUGGCCUGUGAAUGGCAAGUUUACUGCCGCACAACAAGAACUCUAUGAGGCUGUCCUGGAGGUGCAGAAGUCUUGCAUAAGUCUUUGUAUCCCAGGCACAAGCCUGGAAAACCUCUAUAGUCAUAUGUUGAGUGAACUGGGAAAUAAACUCAGAGACCUAGGCAUUGUGCAGAAAAGGUGCAGUGACACCCUGCUUUACAGAGCAGCACGUAGGUAUUGCCCACACCAUGUUGGACAUUAUCUAGGCAUGGACGUGCAUGACACUCCAGAUAUGUCCCGAUCUCUACCUCUACAGCCAGGCAUGGUGAUAACUAUAGAACCAGGUAUUUAUAUUCCGGAGAAUGACACUGAAGUCCCUGAAAAAUACAGAGGCCUAGGAAUCCGCAUUGAAGACGAUAUUGUGAUCACGGAAGAGACUCCCUUGAUUUUAUCAGCUGACUGUCCCAAAGAAGUGUAUGAGAUACAAGUGUGUUUGCGCGGUCACUGAUGUAGUUUAAACUGUCAGAUUUGUAUAAGACUCCUUAAAGGAUGGGUCACACAUGGCGUAUACGCAGCAUAUUUCACGGUGCGCAAAAACCGCUGUGGAUUUUGAACAGCGUACGUUUCGCUUCCCAUUGACUUCAAAGCAAAAUCAUCUGCAGAAAAACUUGCAGCAAAUACUGUACCUGUGACCAUCCCGAAUGCAAAUCAUUGCCAUCGAGGAAACUAAAUUUCGGCAUGCUUAUGAAUAACACAAGUAAAUAGGAAAUUGUGCAAAACGCAGGUCAUCCAGUGCAAAUAUAUACUUAAAGGGGAACUCCAGUUCUAUCCACAGGACUGAUCACGGAGGUCCUAUCACUAGGACCCCUGGCUUGCUGUGCUAGGCUUCGGAGCAGCCGUGGUCAAUACGCCCCCUCCAUUCAUGUCUAUGGAAGAGACGAAGAUACAGUGUUCCCAUAUCUCCCAUAUAGAGACAUGUAGGGGACUUGUUGACCACCGCUUUGGGCUGUGGUCAACAGUAAUCUGACACAGGGCGGAGGUCGCUCAGUCCAUGCGGAUUACCAGGGUGCUGGGUAGGAGAUCAUUUUUUUUUUGGGGGGGGGGGCCCUUCAGACACUUGUCUAGUAGCAGAGUUCCCCUUUAUAAUUGUAUACUUAUUUUCCUUUAAAUAAGCUUAAGUCAUUCUAAAAACAAUAUAUUUUUGUACCAUUCACUGUACACACAGAGCUAUAGCUAUGCAUUUAUAUUUAUGAAGCAGGCUGGGCAUUAUUGCCUUGUGGUGCUCUACUGAUCAGCGCCAUUUUGGAGAGCCCACUGGUGAUUGCCCCCAACCCAGUCCUCAGGGCCCACCAACAGUCCAGGAUUUUAACUUUUCCCCAUUCUUUUAUGACUACUAGCAUAAGAGUAACUCAGAAAACCGGAAAUUUUGGUGGACCUUGAGGACUGUGUUUGGGACCACUGGUCUUGGCCAUUGCAGCAUGUUAACUGAGCAGUCAGGAGCCUAUAAAGAGAUUGCAUAGGAAAUACUCCUAUAUAUAUUUGUGUGGUCACCUGUACAGGUCAAGUGAUUGACAGGUGAGUAAAACAUGUAGACGUGGAAUCUGAGGGGGAAAUGUUUAGGAAUAUAUACAGAAACAAAUUGGUUUUAAACAAUUUUGUGUUCAAUAAUUGUGCCUGUCCAGAAAUGUGCUUUUAUUUUACAAUGUCUAAGGGUAUGUUCACACUGGUUAAGGUGUGAGCGGAAUGUUCACUUACAAAAUCUGCUCCAAAACGCAGUUUUUUUUCUUCGCAGAAUUCGCGUGGGAUUCGCGUGGAAUUUGCGCUGAAUUCCGCGCAGAAAUGAAAGAAUAGGACACACAGUAAUGCACGAAUUCCGCGGAAGCGUGGCGGACUGCCAAAAACUUUUACAUUUACUUCUAUGGAGUUACGAGCCGAAUUCCGCAUGAAGAAAGAACAUGUUCAUUCUUCAUGCGGAACGGAAUUCUGUGACAGAAUUCCGCUAGCGGAAUUUCCUCAGUGUGAACUGAAGAGAAGAAAGUUAACUACAUACUAUGGGGUACAGCACUGCUGAAUGAAUUGGAAAGGAAUAAGCGAGCAGAAUUACUCGGGGAAAUUCCUCUCCAAUUCCUCAGUGUGAACCAGUGUACCUAUCAGAUUCCACAAAAAGAUAUGUUACUAAAUACCUAAUCCUGACCGUGUAAUUGUUUUUCCUCUAUCCCCUAUAUUUAUUAUAAAAAUCCCUCUUUUCAUUACCUCACAGUGUUAGAAAUCCUCUCAGGGGAAGGAGGCGUGUCAAUCUUUGUGGUGGUGGUGGAAGGCGAUUGGUGUGUGGUGGGAGGGGGCGUAUCCAUCCUUGUGGUGGUGGGAGGUGAUUGGUG